AUGGUUGCGACACCUUGGACCCUACUUCGUUUCUUGGAUGAGUGCGAGAAUGCGGAAAAGAAAAAUUCGAGCGAUGAAGCUUUCAUCUCGACUACUACGAUCAAAUUGUUAACAUCGAAAGAGUGCGUCAGCGACAUCCUAAAGGAACGAAAUUGUCCAAAUCAAGACGUUUUGAAGAAACGAAUUUAUGAUAGACGUUGCCCUGCGAAGAUCAUCUUCCUUAUCUUAGCUCGAGCCGACAUGCUAGAUCGUAUUGGCGAGUUCUUAUCCAAUGACUUUUCUGAUCAUCAUCUUCCUAUUGAGGUUCUAUGGACGCGCGAAGGGUACAAACUCAAAAGGGCAAAAGAUAUAGACUGGACAACUGCUCCCUUCGGAGCAGGAAUCCACUAUAGAGAUGUCGACUAUUUCACGCAGAAGCAAUGGCCAUUCUUGGCCCCUAUCUUCAAGAGAGAGUUCGAAUAUGUGCUACAGCAAGGUAUUCCUCUGCCGUUGGUCGAGAAAGGCAACGCGAUUGUCUCUGGAUUUAGCUCCGUUUCCAAGAUCAAGAUGCACCAUGCCCAUGUUCCAGAGCAGAUAGAACACUCGAUGGCCAUGAAGAAAAUGGAGCUGGAGAGUGAGGACCAAAUCAAGUAUGUCAAUAAAGAGAUGACUAACGUGAAGUCUCUUCGAUUGCUGGAUCACGACCAUCUUGUCAAAGCGAUUCUCGCCUGUACCAGAGGAAAGCAGGCUUUAUUCUUCUUCCCAUGGGCCAAGGGGGGAGACCUGUAUAACUUCUUGAAAAGCAAUUCUAAUGAGGGCAUGGCUGCUAUCAUAUGGAUGCUGGAUCAAAUGGUCGGACUCUGCAGCGCUUUGAGUCUGUUGGCGGACAAGGGAUAUCGACAUGGUGACCUCAAGCCUGCUAACAUUCUAUUGUUCCCUGAAAAGUCUGGUAGCUACCGCCUGAAGAUAACAGACGUUGGACUCUCGAAGCUUCACAUCCUGGCAACAAGCAGGCGACUAAAUGGGACGACUGCCAAGGCUACCACGAGGCGAUACAGCCCCCCUGAAUUUGACCUCUUGUUUGAUGAUGAUGGGGAGCCAGUAGAAGACUCUGAUGACAUCAAGCUAUCGCGCAAGUUCGACGUUUGGUCUCUCGGCUGCGUCUUUAUCGAGUUUCUCAUCUGGGCCAAACUGGGUCGGCAAAAGUACAAGGAAUUUGACCGGUCUAUGAAAAGGGACCGACGUUUUUGGGACUCUGGACGUAAAGACCUUGACGAUAAAGUUAAGGAAAGGAUACAGAACCUGGAAGAUGCUGUAGAGGAAACCCCAGGUGACAAGGUCGUCCAACGAGUUCUGGAAUUGGCCCUGAAGCAAAUGCUCCUUGUCGACAGCGAUGAUCGUAGCAGUGCGUCAGACAUUCACAAGGAAUUGGAAAGUAUCAGAGAUAGUUACAGCCUGACUACCGAGCAGGACGCCGAGUCCGACCAUCUUCAACAAGAAAAGGAUCUAUCAGGCGCAAAUGACGGCAUGGAUCAAAACGAACCUGAGCCGUCUAGUACUCAAGACGAGGGCUUGCACACUAAGGCUGUUCCUUCGGGUCAUACAGCUGCUAUGGUUAAUGAACAGCAAAGCGCCAAGCUACUCAAUCAAUGGACAGUCAAUCCCGACAAUGAGUUUGCAAAGAAAUUCUUCUCGGAAACCAGCAGCCCGAGCCCAGCGGACGGAAGUCGAUUAUGCGACUCAUGUUUAAAGCUUUAUAUCUGGGAGCCCAAUGCUACAAUAUCUGGCAGAAUGAGGGACUUUCAAACUCUUGCUUCGACAUGCGACAUGUGCAAUCUUCUAUACGCCAUCUCGCAAAGGCUUGGUCUUGAAGAGGAUCAAGAAUUGCACUGCAUUCGGGACGGUUCUACAUUCAAGUUGAAGGGGCGUGACGGCCCGCCAAUCCUUUCCCUGUUCUCCGACCCUGCUUACAAUUCUGACGAUCUUGGAUCCGUCCAAGUGGGAUAUCCAACUUUGUCCCCUCCAGAAAGUCCUGAACGGUAUCGUCUUUUUCAAAAGUGGCUCUAUGUUUGUGAUAAUGAACACGGCCAUGCACGAGACGCAUGCUCUGGCGGCUGUGCUGUCCAGAUGCCCACUAGACUGAUUUACGUAGGCGAGUCGAGUGAACAUUUGGAGGAUAUUAAAGAUUCUGGCUUCCUACGUUAUCUUGCUCUUAGCCACUGCUGGGGAGGCAGCACGAGCCUGUCAACCCUGACGAGCAACAUCGAUAAAUUCCGCAGUGAGAUACCACACGAGCAACUGCCUAUUAAUUUCCAGGAAGCCAUCAAAGUCACCAGAGCACUCAAGAUCCCAUACUUGUGGAUAGACUCAUUGUGUAUCAUCCAGGACGACCCGGAAGACUGGCGACGAGAAGCCGCUCGAAUGGGUCAGGUUUUCAGCAACGCCUACUGCACAAUCGCAGCGACAUCAGCAGCGGCGUCUAACGAGGGCUUUCUCACUCCAAAGCUCAACUCAGCACUUUCUGCGACCUUGAAAACUCCCGAGGGAGGUCUGCUUCACAUUUCGGAGUUUAUGGAAAAUUGUAACAGAGAUUUAGAGUCAGCACCCCUUAAUACGCGCGGUUGGGUGAUGCAGGAGCGAGCUUUAUCUAGAAGAACACUGCACUUCACCAAGACACAAGUUUACUGGGAAUGCGGAAAUGGACUGCAUUGUGAGCGGCUCUUCAAAUUGUCGAAUCCCCAAUCAGCUCUGUUCGCAGACUCGGAUUUCCCCAAGGCGAUACUCAAGUACUACAAAGGUGGACGAAUCACUCUAUUUCAAAAUCUUUACGAGAAGUAUUCCAGGCUCAAUUUCAGCUACACGUCAGACCGACCAGUGGCCAUCCUGGGUCUGGAGAAACACCUUUCAUCUGUCCUCCAGACUCGCGGCGAGUCUGGUGUCUUUGAGCAGUACCUGGCGAGAAGUCUGCUCUGGUCCCGACCUGAGAAUAUCUUUCUGAACAGUAUCACGUUUCAAGAUGACUAUCAUGUUCCUUCUUGGUCAUGGAUGGCAUACGAGGGUCCGAUCACCUAUGCGAAUAUACCUUUUGACGAGGUCGAAUGGAGUACAGACUGCUUGCUUCGAUCUGGCGAGGAAACCGGUACAAACAGCAAGAGGACUGUGUUGAAAGCAGUUGCUAGAGAUCUCAAAUUGGACAAGCUGGAUAUGCACGAUAGAGUCAAAAUUGAUGAAGGAUCUGGGUUCGAACUAUCCAACUUGCGGGGGGUUGUCCUUGGUAAAGACAAGAAGCGAGAAUCUCGGGUCCAAGUAUACUACGUUCUCCUUGUCACCUUAUCCGAAGACGAGCCAGAGCAAGCAAAGGUAGAACUUGUUUCGGGGGAGACUUCGUUCGAGGAUAGCGAGAAGCUUCUGUGGGCUGACGUCCUUUGCAUUGAUGCGGAUAUGAGGGGGGCAAAGAGGACCACUUCAUAUGUGACAUCACCAGAAGUCCUCAAUGCAUCGCAAAGUCAACAGUUACCCAACUCAUCAGCGACCUCUCAUUAUGAGCCUCCAGGCAUCCCCAAUUGGGGAGAAGCGCCAUCUCGUUCCGAAAUCGACUUGAAGCCUGGGACAGGGCAAGGGUCUAUCCAUAUUUCAGUAUUAUCUCAGAGAGAAAGCACAUCAACGUUUCGGAGUAUCUCUGAUAUGGGUCACCGUAAAUGGCUUGAGUCAUUAGUUUCUUAUAGAAUGUCUGCAAGUAUUUUUGGGGAUGUUCAGGAUUCGGAGGCACCAAUGAUUGACAUCGAUAUCUCCUCUGUCUGGGAAGCCCUGAUGAAUGCCUGCAGGAAGCCCGCCAUUGAUCAUACUGGUAAGCAAGAGUUUAUACCUCUGGGACAGCUUCUUCGGAUUCUAAGCCCAAGGAAUGUUGAAAAGAUACUAAAUCAAAGUUUCACGAAUGAAGCUUUGAUAAGCCUUGUCAACGAGGUAUAUGGAGCUGAUGGCGAACCACGAAGACUUAAGAUCAUGGCUACACUGAUAUUGGUGAAUGGACUGAGCUUUCUACUAGACUUUGUCAAUGCAAAGGUAGAAGAUAGUCAGCUUCCAGUUACCGUCCGGCGACAGGGGCAGCAACCUAUUUUAUACGAUCGUGAGAAGAAUGAGAUAGAACCUUCAAAAGAUUGGACUUGGUCCUAUCCCCAAGCCGAAUACUUUACUAUGAAGCAGAUGCAAUUAUGCAGCCUGUUCUGCACUAUCGAUGAAGAAGGACAGUUCAUGGAUCAUUUUCGCCUCCCUGCAGAUUUCGUCCUACCAUUCGUGGAUUCUGAGCCCCCUGAGAUUCGGUCUGGAGGAUAUGGCAAAGUCACAAAGGUCUUCAUCGAGCCGUCGCACUUAUGGUACCGGGGUAAGUACCCGAAACCAAAGUGCUUCGCUAUCAAGGCUGUUCAGCACAGCUCAAUAGACCACCCAAGUGAAGCAGACUCUCUUGCACGACGGUUGGUUAUCAAGAAGCUCGCAGACAGAGAACAUCUUCAUCAGCUUCUUUUCUCCUUUCGUCGGGCCGACUACUACUAUCUCGUUUUCGAAUGGGCUGAUGGCGAUCUGACUGAUCUAUGGAAAACAAUGCCAAGCUUAUACCGCCCCGAUAUCUACGAAGACGCGCAUUGGUUCUUCCGCCAAUGCGCCGGUAUUGUGCGGAGCCUGGGUAGUCUUCACGAGCAGCGCUCGUCCUACACUGCUAGCACUAUGGAGGAAAUAGUUCACGUUGCACUGGCAGGAAAGUACGGACGGCACAGCGAUUUAAAGCCGCAAAAUUUGCUUUGGUUUGGUGAUUAUCAAGGGGAUAAGAAAGAUCAUCUAGUCAUCGCCGAUCUUGGUCUUACCCAGUUCAACACGUCACAGUCCAAGUCCCAUGCGUCGUGGGCUGGUAUUAAAGGUUAUACACAAACCUACAAAGCACCUGAGAGUGAAGUAAGCCGUGAGGUUGGCGCCAGAUACGAUAUUUGGUCCCUUGGCUGCGUGUUUCUGGAGCAUGCGUCUGUGUUUCUGAUGCGGGAUGAUAGCUCUGUCAAGGCCUUCUCAGACAGCAGACUAGAGGAGGAUCGUCGUCGGAACAGAAAAGGGAAUUAUCAUAGCGACACUUUCUACAAUUUGGUCACAGAGGAGAAUUCUACAGACGCGUACACACCGAUUGGAAGCAGUGUCAUCCGGGGGGAGGUCAAAGGGGCAGUUAUGAAAAUGAUUCAAGGUCUAAAAGACCAUAACUUGUGUGCUCCUUCGAUGUGUGACUUCUUAGAUCUCAUCAGCGAAGGGAUGCUAGUACCGAAUCAGUCUGUUCGAUAUACUGCCGGUAUGGUAUUGAGAGCUCUUAAAGAUAUCCAGCUCCGUUGUGAACAGGAUCGCCGGUACGCUUGCUCAUCAAGACACUUGCCAUUGGAGGAUCAGUUGGAGUCAAUUCCCGAUAGCCACAUUCCUUCAAGACAGUCUCAGAUCUUGGCAGGUAUCUCAGGAGGACAAGACGGAGCCAGGGCCAACUUUGACUCAUCUCACAUGGAGGCAAUCGUUGAUGCUGCGGGUGCCGACCUGGAAGCAAUGAAAAUGCUUAAUGAGUUGCGUCACAUGAGCAACGACAUCACCCUAUCCCCAGGUAAUCUACAGCUCCAGAUGCCCCAGAUUCAAUUUGAUGGGUCUGUAGCAGGGCUUUUGCAAGAAUCCAGCCCUAUCAGCGAUUUGAUCCAUAAACUUGAGUCAUUCUCCAUCAGAGAAAAGACUUGA